AUGUUAUUGCUGAGGGACGAAACGAUAGAGAGUUGGGGCCGCUUUAAUGAAAAGAUAAGUGGUGACAAGGCCGUGGACUCAAGUGUGGAUAACACAGAGCGCCAGAACGAGGAAGAAGACACAGCGGCAGCUUUCGUUUUGGCCAGGUUUUGCAAGGGCUUCAGCUUACAACUUCCGACUUGGUUGUUUCGAAAUGCCGGUCGUCGCAAACGGGUUAGCAAGAAGGGAAACCUAGGGCAUGGUAUAAGUCAUUUGUCUAUCAAGCGGAAGAACGACAAAGUCGAAAUCAGUGUCAAGGUAGACGAUGUGGAGCAACAUGUGGACAGCGAUAACGACACGAUGGUUCCACGGAUCUACCAAAUAUCGCAGAAAAGGCGACGCGUCGCUUUUUCCUCCAAUACCAGAGCAGACUGGGUCAAGCUCCAGCCCCUGGCUGACAUCUUGGUAGACAACGGCUACGACGUGGAUAUUUUUGUCACGGGUAUGCACAUGAUUAAGGAGUAUGGCUCAACGUUUAAAGAUAUCGCGAAGAAUAGAAAGUUCGGCGUUUUUACCAAAAACACGUGGACUCCAGGUGACACUGAAAUCCAGAACGCCACGGCCACCAUGGAAGCUACAUUUCAAUUGCUUCAAGAGUCCGACUACGAUCUCUUAAUCGUGCAUGGCGACCGUCUAGAGGCAAAAGCAGCAGCCGACGCUGCUCACCUAUUCCGCUGUCGACUUGGUCACGUUGAAGGAGGAGACCUAACUGGAGGGGACGAUAACAAGAACAGAUAUGCAAUCACUGCAAUCGCGGAUUACCAUUUUCCGAGUAGUCAAGAUGCUGCUGACCGUCUUAUCUCUUGCGGACAAAAGAUCGAGACAAUAUUCCCUAUCGGAUCCCCAGAUCUUGAUGUUUUCCUAAGACCCAGUACAGUUUCUAUUGAACAUGUGCUGCGGAAGUACAGUAUCCCCUUCAAGGACUUUGGAAUUGCUCCUUUUCAUCCCAACUCUGCGGAAAGCGAAACAUCCGGUGAACAAGCAAUGAACUUUUAUAGUACAUUACUAGCAUCUGGACGAAAUUUUAUUGUUCCCAGACCAAACAACGAUAAAGGAACGGAGAGAGUGCAAGAAGUACUUGAUGCACUACCCAAGAACCGCGUUUGUGUUGUGCCCAAUUUCGAGUUCAAUGAUUAUGUUAUUCUCCUGAAACAAGCCGGAUGUGUCGCGGGAAACAGCAGCGUGGUUGUCACUUCAGCACCAGCAAUAGGAAAGCCUUGUCUUAAUAUCGGAACUCGGCAACAAGGAAGAACACCUCCAACCGAUGGUCUCUUCAACUUUAGUCCCAACGAUAGGCAAGGCAUUCUUGGAUGCCUCCGAGAAAAUUGGGGAAGAACUUACCCAAGAAAUACUCACUAUGGGGACGGCUGUGCUGCUGAGAGGUUUCUCGAAGCUCUAAGCAGCAGAUCGUUUUGGGAGGUUUCUCAGCAGAAGCUUUUAUUCAACCAGAAGGCUUUGUAA